AUGACAAAGAAAAAUACGAGAAGGAAGGAAGAUAUAGCAGAAGAUUACUGCUUUUUUUGCAAAGAUGGUGGCUUGCUCAGGAUUUGCGACUAUAAGAAUUGUCUCAAAAGUUUUCAUCCUCAAUGCGUCGGAAAGGAUGAUUCUCUGUUGGAAACCGAUGACAGGUGGCUUUGUCGUUGGCACUUUUGCGUCAUUUGUGAUAAACUGGCGAAAUUUCGUUGCUUUUGUUGUCCAUACGCCGUAUGCGGGCGCUGUCUCUGGGAUACCGAGUUUGCAGUAAUCAAAGGGACAAAGGGUUUAUGCAGUAUGUGUUUAGAGCUUGCACUACUUAUUGAAGACAAGAAGGAUGUCAACUCCAGUGGGGUGAAGGUAGACUUCAAUGAUACAGCAACAUACGAGUACCUUUACAAAUGCUAUUGGGAGGUGUUGAAAGAAAAGGAAGGAUUGACUUCACAGCAAUUGUAUUCAUCAAAUCAUUUGUUGAAGAACGGGAAAAAUUAUGAUGCUCAAGCGAACUACAAGUAUAGAGAAGAAUGCAUCAGGGACUUUGAUGAUGAUAGUAUAUCCGAGGGUGAUGAUUGGAUAGAAAGUCGAGUGCAAUGUAGGAAAAAAAAGAGAGGAAAGCUCUCUCCAACUAAAAGAAAGGGAAAGCCGAAGACAAGGGAAUACCUUGGAUGGGCAUCAAAACAGCUUGUUGAGUUCCUGACAUCCAUAGGUAAAGAUGCGACAAAAGAAUUGUCUCAGUACGAUGUCGUAACCGUAGUCACAGAAUACUGCAACGAGAACAAGCUGUUUCUCAAUGAAAAAAACAAAAAAGUUAUAUGUGAUGAAAGGUUGCAAUCUCUUUUGGGAAGGAAAUCAGUACACAAAAACGGUAUCCAUAAGCUACUGACAGUUCAUUUUUCUGAGAACUUGGAGAAAUCAGAAGAUUCAGUCGGAUUUAGUUUGGAGGAAGAUGACAACGUCUCCGUGCCUUGUAAAAGGCAGCGGAAGUCAAGCCCUGACUGGAAGUUUGAGGAAAAGGAAAUAGCAACGAAUCUGCGCCAAGGCUAUUUGGCAGCAAUAGUUUCUGGAAACAUAAAACUUGUCUAUCUGAAGAGGAGUUUGGUCCUGGAGCUAGCAAAACAACUCGAUAAAUUUAAUGAUAAAAUCGUCGGAAGUUUCGUUAGGGUAAAAUCAGACCCUAAUGACUACUUUCAGAAGAAUUCUUACAUGCUAGUGCAAGUUAAAGGUAUAAAGGAAACUUCAAUGAAGGAAGAGAUGACUUCUACGAUUCUCCUGCAAGUUUCUAACAGGCUAAAAGAAAUUCGUGUUUGCGAGCUCUCAGAUGACGACUUCACCGAGGAAGAAAUUGAAGAUUUAAAUCGGCGGAUGGGAACUCGCAUGCUUGAAAGGCCUACUGUUCUGCAGCAUGAGCAGAAAGCCAGAAGCCUGCACGAGGAUAUGACAAAACAUUGGAUUAAGAACGAGUUGGUUUUGUUGCAAAGCCAGAUCAACCGGGCAAAUGAGAAAGGAUGGAGGAGAGAACUCUCGGAGUACAUGUAUAAACUGCAACUACUUCAGACACCUUCGGAACAGUCCCGCCUACUUCAUGAGGUUCCAGAAGUGGUUGCGGAGGCUGCAGAGCCUGAACCUGCCUUGAAGGACUCUUUGAAAGAAUAUAGAGAAGAGCAUAAAGCCUCAUCUGAAUCGGCCCCAGGAUCAAUUUCUAGAAUUCAAAAAUGCAUUUCAGAGAACAAUGUGGUCUCUAGUUGCCCGAAUGAUGGAAUGGAUGCUGCAGUUAUUCCAGAAGGAAAGCAGCAAGACGUGAGGAAGGCGUUUUUUUCUACCAGCAUUGAAUGCAAUGAAACGACGAGGGAUCAAAAUUCUCAAGUAAAUCGAAGCUGUAAUGAGACACCUGUUCCUCAGUUACAGGCACCAAAAGAAGAAUCCACAGAUAGCCAAACUGGAAGUGUUUGUCCCGGAAAGCAACAUAAAUGUGGCAAUGCUACUGGUGCUGGGGAAACGCUACCUCGUCCUGUCCUCAUUGGUGAGCAUUUAAGCGAUGAUGGAAUACAAGCUGCAAGGAAGCCUGUUCCUCUGUUGCUUCCUUGAGAAGAAUCUGCAG